AAAAUGAUUCAAAAUUAUUGUCAUAUGCAUUUAUCUUCACUCUGAUGAGGGCUCAGACGUGAUAACAGCCCAGGUUCCCUAUCCCCGCAGGAGCUGGCGUGACGGCUGCCGGCCGCCUCCCCUCCAUUAGCCACAGCUAUUGGAUUUCCCACCCAGAAUCUUUAGCAAAUGAGAUCAUGAUUCUGGAAGGAAGUGGUGUAAUGAAUCUCAACCCCAGCACCAACCUCCUCCACCAGCAGCCCGCCUGGACAGACAGCUACCCCAUGUGCAAUGUUUCCAGUGGAUUUUUUGGAGGCCAGUGGCAUGAAAUCCAUCCUCAGUAUUGGACCAAGUACCAGGUGUGGGAAUGGCUCCAGCACCUGCUGGACACCAACCAGCUGGACGCCAGCUGCAUCCCUUUCCAGGAGUUUGACAUCAACGGCGAGCACCUGUGCAACAUGAGUCUGCAGGAGUUCAUCCGGGCGGCAGGGACGGCGGGGCAGCUCCUUUACAGCAACUUGCAGCAUCUCAAGUGGAACGGCCAGUGCAGCAGUGACCUGUUCCAGUCCACACACAAUGUCAUUGUCAAGACUGAACAAACGGACCCUUCCAUCAUGAACACCUGGAAAGAAGAAAACUAUUUAUAUGACACCAACUAUGGUAGCACAGUAGAUUUGUUGGACAGCAAAACAUUCUGCCGAGCCCAGAUCUCCAUGACAACCACCAAUCACCUUCCUGUAGCAGAGUCACCUGAUGUGAAGAAGGAGCAAGACCACCCUGCCAAGUCCCACACCAAAAAGCACAACCCGCGAGGGACUCACUUAUGGGAAUUCAUCCGGGACAUCCUCCUGAACCCAGACAAGAAUCCAGGGUUAAUCAAGUGGGAAGACAGGUCGGAGGGCAUCUUUAGGUUCUUGAAGUCGGAGGCGGUGGCUCAGCUGUGGGGCAAAAAGAAGAACAACAGCAGCAUGACCUACGAGAAACUCAGCCGGGCCAUGAGAUAUUACUACAAAAGAGAGAUCCUGGAGCGGGUGGACGGACGGAGACUGGUGUAUAAAUUUGGAAAGAAUGCACGUGGAUGGAGAGAAAAUGAAAACUGACCCUUGGAACACAACCCAAGACAAACCCCACAUCCCAGCAAGCCGGGAACUCCUGGAUGUAAAUAUGUCCAAGACUUUUCUCUGCUAUUUAUGUACCACGAGGGAGAGAGGGAGAAAAAAAAAAUCGACUUCUAACGGGAAGAAGGAACACUACAGUUGAUAAACUCAUUUUGUUACUUUGAAGUACAUCCUGUUUGGGGAGCCAACGUACACAGUUUUCUGUGAAUUAUGAUGCUGUAUGUGGUUGGGAUUGGUGUUUGCCUUUAUUGUGAAGUUCAUUUCCACUUGCAAGAAGAAUGGGUCUGCGGCCUUCAUGCUUCUUGCCGAGAGAAGGGGGAAAAAAUUGGAGGGCAUUAAAUAUUUUUAUAUGCAAGUGAUUUAGGAAAAGGUGGCGUGUGUCCUUCGCACCUAAGCAACUACAUGGUCUCAUUAAGAGAGGUGGGCGUGGUCGCAAGGAUGAGCUCCAUCCGGGGUCUCCUAUUGAUGGCAUGAACUGGAGGCUGCUGGGAAGUUUCACCUGACCCUUAGGAGCCACUGCGUGGAGAAGGAGGACCUCCAAAAAUCUAGGAGGACUGUACUCACUCCAUAAUCACAUGACUUGCAAUCUGUAAAUCAGCCAGAAGAAUAAGGGUGGGGGCUUUUUUUUUUUUCUCACUCAGCAAUGAUUCUGAUGCCCAGGCUGUCUUCCUCCCUUCCCCGUGGAUGAUUGGUGGAACAAACUUCAGUCACCACCUCUGCUCACUUCUAGUUACUUAAGAAAGGGUCCAGUCUUGGUUAUUUUUAUCCCAAUUGCU